GAGCCAAGCUAAUCUUAUCGAAAGCCAAAAACCAAUCUAAUCAAUCCGGUUUUUUUCUUCCCAACGCUAUGGCUGUUCACCUAACAUCCAUCCUUCCACGCUUCUCUACACUGGAAGAACACGCAACCAUCGUUUCAUCCACUCCCCAGAACUUCUCCGAUAUCCCCCCUGUGCUUCGACACGAGCAGAAAGAGGUGAAUGUCACGUUUGACGCCCCUUUGGAAGGCAAAGCAGAGUGGCUGCAUGGCACACUAUACGUGAUCGAUUCCGUACUGGCGUUUGUCGAGGACGGUGAGAAUGCUCAGGGCUGGCAGAUAGAGUACCCUGCCAUUACUCUCCAUGCGAUAUCAAAAGCAGGGGGUGGGAUUUACUGCCAGCUGGACGAUAAAUUUGGUCGUGUUGGGACGGAGGAAGAAGAGGAGGAAGGGGAGGAUACGAUGAGAGAACUUAUUGUUGUUCCGAAGGAUAGCGAGUCGCUAAAUGCGAUCUUUGAAGCAUUGUCCUUCUGUGCCUCGCUGCAUCCCGAUGAACCAUCACCAUCAGAUGAUGAAGACGACGAAGCCUUUGUGGAUGCUGAUGAAUUUGAAGUCUUUGAUAGAACAGAGGAGCAGGAGCUCAGCGAAGUUGGGAGGGUGAGGAGUGAUUUUAUCCAUGAUUCUCGUUAUCAGCCAUAUUGAUCCAUUUUCACACCAUUUUUUCCCAUUUUGACUUGGAGUGUAGGCGGCCCUCGAGCACCUAGAGUCGAUUAUCGACCGUGGCGACGAACGGACAAAGGCUGUGGCGGAAUCAGGUGCCGAGUAAAGAGAUACCAAGGCCUUGUAGCUUCAAAAAACCUGUAUCACCAUUUUAUAUCACAGUCUUCGGAAUUUAUGACAGGUAUUGUGGUAUUCAAACAGGCGGCACUUUGGCACUUGGAGCAAAGAAAAUUAUUUUACUCAUGCUGUGCCACGCUAUCACGACUAUCACAUGACAAUGUCAUACUGAAGAGAACGCGACUUGAUAUUCACAUCCUUAGGAACAGGCAACUGGGUAUAUAGUC